UUUACCGGAAAAUCAUUCUUCCGAUUUCCAUCAUUUUCGGCGGCCACCGUCGACUUCCUUCUAUCUCUCUCUCUCUCUCUAUAUAUAUAUAUGAAUGUGUGUGCGUGUGCGCGUUUAUAUGUCUUUCUCUCUCUAGAUCUAUCUGCCUCCGGGGACGCCUCUGUCCUCCUUCCCCGGUUAGGGCUGCUUCGUUUUCUGUAGAGAAUCGGUGAUCUGAUCGUCUUACAAUGGCUAAUUCAACGACAUAACACUCGCGCUUAUUUUCCGCAAUCGUGCGGGAAAAGGUGCUUUGCGAAAGAUUAAGUUAGUUUUCCAGGAAAAUCACACUAUUUUUCUCGGUUGAUUAGGAUCGGAAUCCGAAUUGAAUAUCCUCAGAGGAUGCAGUCCCCGACGAUGAACCGGAAGCAGCCGCUGCUAGGCGAGAGGGUGGCGGAGAGGCGGAGCAUGGCGGAGGUGGCGGGAGGGGCGACGGCGGGGUGCGUGGCGGUGUGGUGCUGCUUCCCCUGCUCGGUGAUGAACCUGGUGGUGAUGGCGGCGUACAAGGUGCCGGCGGGGCUGUGCCGGAAGGCGAUGCAGAAGAAGAGGCGGAAGAGGCAAAUGAAAAGGAAGAAGAAGGCUAUGGAGCAGCAGCAGAUGCCGCCGAGGCUUGGGAGGUUCUUGAGCUUCGAUGAAUCGGAGAUCGAUUGGAUGGAAUCGGAGGUCGAGGACGGCGACGAAGCGACGGCGACCGCCAAUUUCGAGACGGAGAUGUGGAGCCAGUUCUCCGGUGCAGGUUUCUGGAGAAGCCCUUCGCAGAAGGAACAGUGAAGAGAUUGAUUGUGUACGGACUGUAGAUUGCAACCGGAGAGGGGCAACGCGUACGGUGAUUCUUCAGAUAUCGUUCUUCUCGAACUUCAGUGCUUGAACGCUUCGUUUGGUUACCUUCGGUCACUUUCUUUUCUGGCUUCGAUAGAAAAUGAGAUGGAUUUUCUCGGGAAAAUCAUGGAUUGGAACCGACGCGCCCUCUUUGUAAAUCUCCCCCCCCCGCCCCCCCCCUUUUUUUUUCAUUUUACUCUUCAGAAAAAUAAAAAAAGAAGUUUGUUUUAUUGUUAUUUAUUUUCUUAAUGUCUGCAUUUUGUUCUCUUUUUUCUUUUUUAUUUUUCUCUAACAGGGAAAUUGUUUUCAAUGUAAAUCUUCAAAUGUGAAUUGAAAGGGUCGGGUCAUGAAACACCCAGCGGAUCUAA